AUGAUCUGUAGUUCGGCCGAGAGCAAUGACAUUUCCAAGGAAGAGUUAAGCCAUGAAUCAGCGUUAGAGCUUGCCAAAUUGUUAGUAAAAGAAGAUACCUCAUGGGAGAUCACUAGUUCUGGAAUUGAUACGAGUAAACCAAGACUGCACAAAUAUGGAAGCACUGAUGUUUCAACUACAAAUGAGAAUGUGGAUAACCUAGAUCAGCUGCCCUCUUCUAUUUCUUUGCAACAAGUACUGGAACUUGGAGGAAUUACGCCAUUGUUUCUAGCAACUAAGUCUGGGUGCAUAGAGAUCGUUAGAGAAAUACUUGAAAUAUACCCUCAGGCAGUUGAGCACAUUGAUAAUGAAGGGCGGACCAUAUUGCAUGUAGCUAUCAAGUACCGCCAGUUGGAGGUUUUCAAGCUUGUGUUGACAAUGGAAGUAGCAAUGAGGUGGCUGGUUCGAAGGCCUGACAAUGAUGGGAACUCCAUUCUGCAUAUGGUUGGAACAAAAAGAGAUGAUUAUGUUCCUGAAAAAUUAAGAGGCCCUGCACUCGAAUUGCAGGAGGAGCUGCUCUGGUUUGAGCGAGUAAAGUCUGUCACAAAAGCCCACUUCAUUGAUCAUCGGAACAAGAAGAAGCUUACUGCUGAAGGCUUAUUUGCUAAAAACAACACAGAGCUCCGGAAUGCUGCCACAGAUUGGCUAAAGCACACUGCAGAACGAUGCUCUAUUGUGGCAGUUCUCAUCGCGACAGUUGCCUUUGCCGCAGCCUACACAAUACCAGGAGGUCCUAAUCAGAAUACUGGUGUUCCAGUCCUUCUCAAUCAUUCUUUCUUUGUGGUUUUCACAGCAACUGAUCACCAUUUCGAUUAG